AAUCUCUCCCACCCUCUCCUCUCCCUCCCCCACCCCCCUUCCCACCAUCACUGUAUGAGCUUGUUUCCUUCAUAUUCUCUCCAUCCUCACCAUUGAGAGGCAGAAGAAGUUGGGAUUCGUCGACACAGCUAAAAGGCUGAGCAAGUAUGGCAGCUGGAAGUGUAGCACCGAACACAAUCGUGCCUGAAGCCCUUAGGGAAGGCAACUAUGAAAAUUGGAGAACUUGUAUAAAACGGUAUUUGGUGGCUCAAGAUCUUUGGGAAGUGGUGAAAAACAUCAGUACUAAACCUAGCAAAAAUGAAGAUCCAGAAACAUAUUUAUCUUGGAAAAAGAAGAAUGCCAAGAGUUUACAUGCUAUUCAAAUUUCAUGCAGUCCAAACAUGCUUUCUCAUAUCAGGGAAUUCUCAAUAGCCAAGGAAGCUUGGGAUUUCCUGGCCAAAAUGCACAACCCGUCAUUGAGCAGAGGAGUUAGCUCACAUAAUAUUUCAAAACAGAGCUCAGAAAACACGAGCUACUAUCAGUAUGAGAGCCUAAUAAAGGCUUUGGAACAUGGAAAUUGGUAUGUUAUAGAAACCCUCAUUCGAGCCUGCCCAGAUAUAUUAAGGGAAAAAAUUUCAAGCACAGGCCAGACGGCUCUUCAUAUUGCAACUCAAUCUGGAAAUGUAAAGAUUGUGGAGAAGUUGGUGGAGAAAAUGGAUAAAGAGGACUUGGAACUGAAAGAGGAACUGGCACAAUUCACACCACUUGCUCUGGCUUGCUUGGACGGAUUCAUUGAGAUAGCACAGUGUAUGAUUCAUAAGAACCCAAGAUUGGUUUGCAUUGUCAAUGAGGAUGGCAAUCUCCCAGUUUUACUUGCUGCUAUGCGAGGGAAAAAGGAUAUGACACGUUUCCUUUACUCUGUCACUCCGUCUGAAGAGCUAGCUCCAGAAAAAGGCCCUAAUGGUGCAACUCUUGUUAAUACUUGUAUUGUUAAACAAAUGUUGGAUAUUGCUUUGGAUAUCCUGGAGAGGUACCCACGUUUGGCCAUUUCUUCUGGCAAGGACAAUUUCACCCCCAUCUAUGUAUUGGCUCAAAUGCCUAGGUUAUUCCCAAGUGGAGGCCGCCUUUGGUUUUGGCAACGUUGGAUAUACUACUGUACAAAUGUGCGAUUACGUCGUGCCCAUGAUCAGAUUCCUACAUACAUUGGUGAAAACAGCAGCCAACAGUCACGUCAAUCAGACAACAUUAUUGUGAAUGUGUUUAUUGCAGUACUAAAUCAAUUGCAUGGAAUGGUUUCACAUGUCCUAGACUUUCUAGGAAUCAAGAAUAUGCAUGCUAAAAAGUUGAGGAAUCGUCAAGCCAUCAAGCUGCUAAAGUGCAUUUCUUGUACAAUAAAAAACUUAAAGGUCGAGCAGCUUGAUGAGUCUCUGGUGUACCAAGCAAUCAUCCAGGCUGUCAAGCAUGGGAUCGUUGAGUUUAUCACUGAGAUAAUUGAUUCUAAUCCUGAUUUACUGGCCAGUGAAGAUUUCAGUAAAAGAAACAUAUUUCUCACUGCUAUUUUACAUCGACAAGAAAAGAUUUUUGGCCUUCUACAUCGCCUAGAUAAUUUGAGGAGAAUACAAAUGAUAUCUCAUGUAGAUAUGUUUGAAAAUAACAUGUUACAUUUGGCUGGAAUGCUAGCACCCCCCCGUCAGCUUGAUGGUAUAUCAGGUGCAGCUCUGCAGAUGCAAAGAGAAUUGCAAUGGUUUAAGGAAGUGGAGAGUGUUGUGCCGCAAACAUUUAAGGAUGUUAUGAACAAAGAUGGGAAAAAGCCAGGUGACUUGUUUACUGAGCAGCAUGCUAGCUUGAUGAAAGAUGGGGAAAAAUGGAUGAAGGAGAUAGCCAACUCUAGUACAUUCGUAGCUGCUCUCAUUGUUACCAUCAUGUUCUCUGCAGCCUUUACUGUUCCUGGAGGCACUGAUGAGAAAACAGGAAUGCCCAAAUUCCUAAAGGAUCCUUUGUUUAUGCUCUUUAUAAUUUCAGAUGCAAUAUCACUCUUUUCUGCUACUACUUCAGUAUUGAUGUUCCUAGGCAUCAUGACAUCACAAUAUGCAGAAAGCAAAUUUCUCACACGGUUGCCCACAAAGUUGAUAAUUGGUCUUUCCGCCCUUUUCUUCUCUAUUGCAGCCAUGAUGAUAUCAUUUAGUGCUGCCCUUGCUAUUUGGCUAAACGAACAUUCUACUAAAUUUGUUAUACUUCCUCUCAUUCUACUUGCUAGUAUUCCAGUCACCCUCUUCGCGUUGCUGUUGUUUCCGUUGCUUGUUGAGAUUUUCAUUUCAACAUAUGGACCAGGCAUCUUUGACAGGAGAAUAGAGCGUUGGUACUAGGUUUUCAGCAUGCAUGGGCUUGCCCUCUAAAGAAAGCUUGAAAGAAAUUUAGAGACAUUAUCGUUUAUUAAUUCCAGAUUUCUGGAGUUGAUGGUGAGUAAAUAUGUGUAAAAGACUUCAUAGUUUUCAUAUAACAAGUUCUAAUUUAUUAGCUUUUGGACAAGUUUUCUUUGAUUGUGUGAAAUGUUUUUGAAUUUCCAUCACUACUGUAACCAUCAAAUUUAUGUAUGCUAUGUUUACAACUUGGUUGUA